AUGGAGAACCAGACUUACAUUAAGGAAUUCCAAUUGUUGCCAUUCUAUGCAAAUUCUCAUUAUAUAUUGUUAACUACCUGUGUGUUUUUUACCAUAUAUAUGUUUGGAGUAGUCAUUAAUUUUAUCAUCAUUACAGUGAUAUACAUUGAUUACCAGUUACAUACCCCUAUGUAUCUAUUUCUCUGUAACCUGGCCUUAUUAGAUAUCUGCUACACAACCACUACUGUCCCUAACCUGCUGCACAUGUUACUAUCUGGAGAUAAUUCAGUGUCCUUCACACAGUGCUUCACCCAGAUGUACUUUUAUAGUUUGGUUGGCUGUACAGAGGAUCUUCUAAUAUUCAUUAUGUCAUAUGACCGAUAUGUUGCUAUUUGUGAUCCUUUACACUAUCACUCUGUACUAAAUAGGAAAAAUUGUAUAUUAUUUGCCUCUGGUGUUUGGACAUUAGGAUGUCUAAAUUCAAUUUUAUUUACCCUUACAGUCGCUAAAAUGUCAUUUUGCUAUUCAAACACCAUACACCAAUUUUUCUGUGAUACUAAAUCUCUGAUAAACAUUUCCUGUGCUAUCCCCAGAGAGUUUUAUAUUGUUUUCUACAUCCAAUUAUUGGUAUUUGCAUUUUUCCCAGUUGUGUUCAGUUUGAUAUCCUAUAUAAAAAUUAUCAGGGUCAUCUUGCAGAUAAAAUCUAAGGAUGGCAGAAAGAAAGCCUUUUCUACCUGCUCAUCUCACCUUACUGUUGUCAUUAUUUACUAUACAACAGCUACUUGUGUGUACAUGAUGCCACCAUCAGAGAACUCCAAUGUCCUAGAACAGGUCCUUACAGUACUGUACUCAGUUGUCACCCCCAUGAUAAAUCCUCUAAUCUACACUCUACGGAAUAAAGAUGUCAAAAGGGCUCUGCUGAGAAUACUGGGGGUAAAACAAUAUAUUGAAGAUUUUUAG